AGUGGUUUUGCUGAGUAAAAAUUGAAGUUUAUCUGCCGUCCUCGCACCCGCACGGAGCAUGCGAGAAGCUGAGCCCCCCCCUCCCGUUCCGUUGGUUUUUGUCUUUGACUCACCUAAUGGAUGAUGCUUUGUGUUUGUAUGUUCUAGUUUCUCGGACUCCACUUGUACUGACGUUUUUGUUUUUCAUUCUUUAGUUGUUUUUGGCUCUGUCUUUGGCAGUAGCUUCGACCUCGGAAAUAUAAUAAUGAAUCGUAACCAGCAGGACCAGCCCAUCCCCAUCAUAUCUAUUACCGGGACGCCUCUACUAGCUGCAUCAGCGCUUCACGCUGCGCAUUUCCGACACUGUGCGUGUUUUUCUGGGUGCUUCGCCUGUUAACUUGCUUUGUGCCCUACACGGUAUACCUGCGAAACCUCUACUGCAGAUAAGUACCACCUUCACCCUGAGCUGCCAUGAUGCAAGCCUUGUACGUAGGGGCGCUCGAGGUGCGCGCGCAGCUGAGGCAUCGGCUCAUGGCACCUAUGUACGCAAGUUUUCAGGCUGCUUCGACUUUGAGCCCCUCGCCCGGCAAAUCGCCGUCCUGGAGCAGCGGGAGUUCCGCUCCUCAGGCAGGCCAAGAUCAUCUUCACGCCAGUAGUCGAGGUACCGCCUCUUCUACGUCGCUGCAGAACAAAAUUCCCAACUUGGACGAAUUUCUUGCGGGGGCCCGGCAGGCGUUCAUCCACGUCAACACGAACUUGGUGCAACUACAAGGGGGGGAAAUCGCAACGCUUGAACCCUGCUUCACGCCCUCUUUCUGGGAACAAAUCAAACACGUCGGUACUUCUCGUUUUACGGCCUUCGUCAGGUGAUCUCGUCCAGCAACGAACGAGCUGGAGAAUCAAUAUAAAGCACUCGUCAUUUUUAAGUUUACAGUAGGCCGGCGCCGGAAAGUGGUGAUUUGCAUUUUUGCUGGCCACCCACCGUACUAUCGAAUAAAUAGGUGACCACCUCGAUCAAGACCGGGCCGAGCAUGGGGAGUCUUACCGGCUUCAGUUCAAGCAGGUGACGCCGUACCUGAAUGAAGUUAUCUACAACGAGGAAGAGAAGAAGCUGUUCGUGGAAGUGGAGUACUUUUCGCGGUAUUCGUUUCAAUUUGAAGGUCCAGACAGUGCCGACGAGACGCGGUUUAACACCGUGCUGUUCGAGAUGGUAUCAAAUGCAAAAAUGCCUGGGUCUGGAAAAUUCUGAGACUUGUCAUGCACGGUUUGCAUGACCCAUGAUGUCUGUGAUGCAUGCCCUAGCAUCACAGGUUUUUUGAGGGAUUCUUGAUGCGUAUUCCGCAUGACAAAUGCCCUCUCCGCGUAGCAAAAAUUAAAAUCCUUUUGCUGCUCAUGCAACACAAAUUUUUUAGACAUCCAAAUGCAGCAUCACAAGUUGCAUUCUUCCAGACCCAGACAUUUUUGCAUUUGAUAGAUGGAGCUCAGCGACAAUCCGACUGACGGCAACGCGGAAGGCCCGGCAUUCCGCAUAGCAAGGAGCGAAUAG